UGUUUGUUUGUUUGUUUCUUACAUUGUACUGGCCUCAACAACCUCCUCUGCUCUCUCACACUUCAACAGUCGAUCUGAGUGGGUGAAUUGAUCAAGAUUGAUUUGAUUACUACUUUUAUUGUUCCGUCGUCUCUCUCUCUCUCUCUCUCUCUCUCUCUCUACAGUCAAGCGAUCGAGAUUAAUUACUGAAAACAACACGAAUCACCACGCAGACACGAAGAUAUCCCACGAAUCCAUCGAUCCGGCCACCUCCCACAAUGAUAGUCGCGUCUAUCGCCCCUGUCCUAUCUGCAUUGAAGACACUUCUCCAGUAUCUGCUCACUGCAGAGGUGAUACCUCUGUUCGAGGUUAAGGUUCAGGUUGCUGCCCUCAGGAGACAAUUCGAGGACCUCCGCAGCUCCCUGUCGCGAGCUGUACUUGAAGGACAGAACAAGCCCGUGGUCUCAAAAGCUAUGCGCGUUCUCUACGACUGCGAAGACAUUAUUGAUACUUACAAGGUCAGAAGAAGGUUGAGGAAUCCGUUGCUCAGGCUGAAGAUACUGCAUGAGGUCGCGAACCGAAUCGCGGAAAUUCGCCCCAUGCUUGCCGAAGCUGCUCAAGCGUGCAGCGUGCCGCCUCAAUCAUCCCCCAGUCUUCCAUCAUCCUCCAGUCCACCUCCAUCGUUCCCUGAUAUUCUUCCGAACGUUUGUAUCGGGAGAGAAGACAGCGUGGAAGAGAUCGUGCGCGCUCUCCUGGAGAAGCCGUCCUCCGCGUCCAGUCAUGUGGUUUCCAUCUUUGGGAUCGCUGGGCUCGGGAAGACCACUCUGGCCAAGAGAGUCCUCUCUCACCCUCAAGUGCGUUCUGGAUUUCAAAGAUUUGCCUGGGCCUGCAUGUCCCGCGGAACAACCACCCGAGACUUAGCUGCAGAGAUUUUGUGCAGUGUCUCCCCAGACCUGACAGCCGAGGAAGUCCACGGGAUGGAGGAGAAGGUUAUAAUCGAUAGGCUGCGCGAGGUCCAGCUGAACACGAGGUGCCUUGUGGUUCUGGUUGAUCUCCGGAGUGAAGCAGACUGGGACCGGAUAAGCCGUGCAUUCCCUUUGCGUGAAGGACCGAGUAGGUUGCUAGUAACCACCCGGAAUAGGACAUUAUCCCUGCACAUAGACCCAAUCAGGCUCCACGAUCACUGGCUCCGUUUCUUGUACGAGGAGGAGAGCUUCGACCUCCUGAUGCGGAUAAUCAACCGUCCCGAAACGGAAGGCCUGGACACGGGCAUGGAGGAUUCAGCAAGAAAAUUGCUCAAGCUCUGUGGAGGAUUACCCUUAGCUAUCUCCACUAUCGGUGGCAUUCUAUCUAGGAGAAGCACCCUAACUGAUUGGGAGGAUGUCCGGAAGAACAUUGGCCAAACCCUGAGGCAUUUGAACGAAGGCCGGACGUUAUGCAAGGUGGUGCUAGAUCAAUGCUAUGAUGAGCUGGACCCUAAGCUAAAGCCCCUCUUGCUCUAUCUUGGCCUCUUUCCUCAAGGAGCCGAAAUCACUGGAAAACAGCUCUUCCACUUGUGGACGACAGAAAAGUUCUACUUGCCUCACAAAAAGUUGCCUAAUGAGGGCAAAUUAGAUUCAACUUUAAAGUUAAAACCUCUGGUCGACUCGGGUAUCGUUCAGGUAGAAGAGGAUAAGCCGACCAAACGGAUCAAGAGUUACCGCCUUAAUAAUUUCAUCAGAGAAUUAUGCAUCUUAAAGGCACGCGAGGAGGAUCUCUUGCAUGUUCUCGACCUACGGAGCAGCAAGGAGCCAGUAAAGGUAAUUGCUUCUUCGGGAUUGAAAGAUUGCAGCAAAAUCCAGAGGCUAUCUGUGCUUCUAGGCAGAGAUGCUAAACGAGACUCCUGUCUCGGAAACAUACUUAAGGCAAAGAGAGCUCUCGACCUGCGAACUCUUUUCUUGUUCGAAGAGAAACCGUGUGAAGGAAGGAACUGGAAGCAGAUGGGUAAAUUGUUCAAGAAAUGCAAGCAUCUGAGGGUCCUAAUGAUUGAAGGGUUAGAGUCAGUGGAGGGGUCUGUUCCGGGAUCAAUAGGAGAUCUUUUCCAAUUGAGGUACCUCAGCUUUAAGAACACUCAAGUCGAAUGCCUACCCCAGUCAUUGCGCAACCUCGUAAGUGUCAAGACCUUGGAUCUACGGGUGAGAUGUACCCCCACAUCUCCAGCAGUCAUCCUCCCUGAUGUCCUGCAGAAAAUGAAACGGCUAAAACAUCUUUACCUCCCUCGCCAUUUCACCACCACUGAUGACAAGAGGAAGCUGAGAUUCUACCACCUGAAGAAUCUUCGGAACCUGAAAAACUUCACUUCAUCAAAGUGCAAAGAGAGUGACUUAGCUGAACUGACCUCUCUCCGAAAACUCACUGUGAUUUGCUCUGUGGAAGAACUUGAUUGGUUUUCGAGCUUUGCAAGAGAUCGUAAGAUUACAUUCAAGCACAUCCCUUCUCAUUGAACACUUCUGUCUAGAUGUAGAUGGAGUGUACUUGGUGUAAAUACAUCCUUGUUUUUAUCAAGCCAUUGUAAUCGCCGCACCAUGUAAGUGCCGAUUUACUCCUUGGAAUUUUGUACACGAAUCUGCCAUCUGUUGUUCCAAUUUAUUGGCCGGAAUAAUUCCU